GUCUGGAAAUGUUACAAUUUCAGUUGAAACAGAGACUCUAAGGUGAACACACCAUUCAGAAAAUUCCAUAAAUAGUUUAUCAAAUUUUCUAAGCCAAAAAAUCCGCCAAAAAGUCUCUGAUAUUAUUGCGAUAACAAUAAGCUUAAAUCUCUGAAGCCAUGGAUGACAAGGAGGAACUGAUGGAUACUGAGGAGGACGAGCAGACCACAGAAUCUACCACGGAUGUGGAUGAGAAUCAGGAUGAAAAUGAAGAGCAGUCUGAAGAGCAGUCUGAAGAGCAAUUGAAGAAUCAAGACUCUCUUCCAAGCACAAGCCAAGAAGCACCUGUAAAACGCUUCGAGGUGAAAAAAUGGAAUGCGGUGGCCCUAUGGUCUUGGGACAUCGUAGUGGACAACUGCGCUAUAUGCAGGAAUCAGAUUAUGGAUCUGUGCAUCGAAUGCCAGGCCGUUGCCUGGAACACUUCCAAGGAGGAGUGCACUGUGGCAUGGGGGGCGUGCAACCACGCCUUCCAUUUUCACUGUAUCUCGCGGUGGCUGAAGUCCCGCCAGGUCUGCCCACUGGACAACCGUGAGUGGGAGUUCCAGAAGUAUGGUGAAUAGGCUGGAGUCUUUAUAAAGGAGAUCCUAC